AUGAAAAUUUCGUUGGUUUUUGACUUUGACAAUACAAUCAUAGAUGAUAAUAGUGACACCUGGAUUGUACAAUGUGCUCCAGAGAAAAAGCUUCCUAUUGAACUACAAGAUUCUUAUGAAAAAGGAUUUUGGACAGAAUUUAUGGGCAGAGUCUUUAAGUAUUUGGGAGAUGAAGGUGUAAGAGAAGAUAAAAUGAAAAGGGCAAUGAUAUCAAUGCCUUUCACUCCAGGGAUGGUGGAACUUUUAAACUUUAUAAGAAAGAACAAGGAUAAAUUUGACUGCAUCAUUAUUUCAGAUGCAAAUUCAGUCUUCAUAGGUUGGGUUUUAGAAGCUACCAAUUUUCAUGACGUGUUUGAUAAAGUCUUUACAAAUCCAGCAGCUUUUGAUACCAAUGGUCAUCUCACUGUGGAAAAUUAUCAUGCUCAUUCUUGCACUAGGUGCCCCCAAAAUCUUUGCAAAAGUGUAGUUUUGGUGGAAUUUGUAGGUAAGUCACAACAAGGAGUGAAUUAUACACGAAUUGUUUACAUAGGUGAUGGCAGAAAUGAUGUCUGUCCAGUAAACUUUUUCAAGAAGAAUGAUAUUGCCAUGCCACGGAAAAGAUAUACUUUACAGAAAACUCUUUCUAGGAUGUCUCAAUAUCUUGAGCCUAUGGAGUCUUCUGUUGUAUCUUGGUCUUCAGGUGCUGAAAUAAUUUCUCAUUUACAAUUUCUAAUAAAGGAAUAA